AUGAACCCAACGCCAGCCCGGAACUCGCCUGCCUUUGAAUCUGAUUUACCAACGACGUCAAGACCCGACACGACACCCCGAAACUCAAGCGAAGGGACACAACCACAACCACAACCACAACCACAUGUCCUCGCCAGCAGCAGCAGCACCACCAUGACCCUCUCCCCUACGAGCACUCUAUCUCCCAUCUCAACUGUGACUUCGUCUUCACCGACACCCACCGCCACCAAGCCACAACACAACCGCCGCGCCUUCACGUUCCACUUUCCGCGGUCGAGAUCCAGAUCGCCGAGACCAUCAAACCUUCCUCCAUCGCCAUCGGCACCAGCACCAGCACCAGCACCAGCACCGCCAUCGCCAUCACAGGCGGUGGAGACCUCCAUCUCCAUCUCCAUCCCCCCAUCCACACCGCUCAAGCACGCCAGGACAUCACCUCUCCCAGCACAGCGAGGCCAGAACCAGGGGAUAAGCAGCAGCAGCAGCAGCAGCAGGCCCGACCGUGCCGUCUCGCCUACAACAACACUGACCUUGUCGCCCGGGCCGAUCGAGAAGCGAGAUAGUUGGUUGCAGAAGAAGAAACCCAGAUCUAGCGGGCCUUCUCCCGGUGGGUACGGUCGACAUGGGGACGAUUGGCUGUUCGGUGGGUUCAGCAUUCGCGAGACGGCCCGGGAGAUCGUGAGUCGUGGGACGCGGAAGAAGGAGGGCGAUGGGGAGGAGGGGAAGAGGAGGUCGACGUGA